AUGAUAUCAUAUCGAUUGUACGGCAGGGAUCGUGACGACGGUGAUGGUGAUGUCAGGUACCAUGACGAUGGUGAUGACAGCCGGGACUGUGAUAACGAUGGUGGGAACCAUGAUGAUGCAUACAGUGCUGGUGAAGCAGAGGCUGACAGUGCCUACAUGUCUCGAUCAACAGCAUCCACCAACACAAAAGGCGACUCAUUUUCAGACGACAGUGGCUGCGUGUUCAUUAAGGAGAUUUCUUCAACAUCACACCAGCCACACAGUGAGGAUAGGGCACCACCACCUGGCGUUGUUGGUUCCUCGAGUAGCGGCACGAUUACUGUGAAGUCGGUAACACAGAAUGACAGUGUGACAGGGAAACGAGAAACAACUAAGGGUUCUGAUGGCGUAGCUGCUGUGAGUCGGGGCGACAAGAGGCCACCGAUGGCGAUUUCACAGUACAAUCAAACCCUGAUGAGCAAGUCACAGCUGCUGCUACAGCAACAGCAAAUGCAAAAGAGGAUGGAUGAUAAAAAGAGACUAUUUCAUUGCGCUGGCAAAGGCCUUCCAGAUGGUGGAAAGAAAUUACUAGAUGAUAUUGAUGAGCUUCAACGUGGAAUCUCAGCAAUAGCUCUGCGAGUUCCCCACGCACUAGAGAGUGUUCCAACAGCUGCAGGGAAAGUGUCAUCUAAGGUGGAGACAGCAAAUAUGGUAGCGCAGCAGUCAGGCAAUAGUCUUCAGCCCCUCAUUCUCACGCAUGCUGUUCCUCUCCCACCACAUGUGUUUCAGCAGAUGUAUGGAGACAAUCCUCAGCUGAACACGCUGUACGAUGGCGGCAGAAUGAAUGCAGCGCGGCGAAGGGAAGUAGCCGCCGUCACGGCCGACGCCAUCGAGAAGCUGCACAGAUCAAUACAGACGUGCCCUGCUGAAACAGAUGAGCUGGAGGAUCCAGCCGGUCUCAAGGUGAGACUUAUGGUACACCAGAGGCAAGCCCUGAGCUGGCUGACCUGGCGUGAGAAACAGCAGCCACCUAGUGGCAUACUAGCUGAUGACAUGGGUCUAGGUAAGACUCUGACGAUGAUAUCGCUUGUGCUGAAGCAGAAGCAAGCCAAGGUGGAGGAUGAGGAGGCUGCCACAGCAGAGUGGUUCGACAAGACAAAAGCAAAGGGUUUAGUAAGGAGUGGUGGAACUCUCAUCAUAGCCCCAGCAUCUUUGGUGCAUCAGUGGCAUAAGGAGAUAGAGCGGCACUGCAAUAGGGGACUGUUGAAGGUGCUGCUGUACCACGGGCCGAACCGAGAGAAGAGCGUGCGCAUGAUCGCGAGCCACGACGUCGUGCUGACGACGUACACGAUCGUCGGCCGCGAGGUGGGGCGCGGUCAGCAGGAGAGCGCUGACGACCCCGCACAGGACGAGCCGGAUGCGGCCGCAGCAACGGGGUCAUCGUCAACUCAGCCGACCUUACUGCGUGUCGCGUGGGAGCGCAUCGUGCUGGACGAGGGUCACAGCAUCAAGAACCACAAGAGUCUGUCGGCGAUGGCGGCGUGUCGCCUGCGCGCGGCCCAUCGCUGGGUGGUGACAGGCACACCGAUACAGAAUAACCUGCUGGACAUGUACGCCCUGCUCAGGUUCUUGCGAUGUUCACCUUUUGAUGAGUAUAAAGUUUGGAAAAGAUGGGUGGACAACAAAAGUGCUCAGAGCACAAAGCGUCUUAGUACACUAGUAAAAGCACUUCUACUACGUAGAACCAAGGACCAGAAGGGGACAUGUGGUGAACCACUCGUGAGUCUACCCACUAGGACAGCUAUCCUGCACAAAGUCACCCUCAACAAGGAUGAGAAAGCCAUUUAUGACCAGGUCUUCAGCAAAUCCAAGCAGACGAUGGAGAACUACUUGAAGAAGCAUGAAGAAGCAGCUGAAAAUCGUGAUGCCAGUAGUCAUGGUGGUGUGAGGCCACCAAACCCCUUUGUCUCAGCUAGCCAGCUAUACAGUCAGACAUCAGGGGGCAGCACUACUGCAGUACCCGACAACAAGACCAGCGGCACAUACAUCUUGGUUCUUUUGUUGCGUCUGCGCCAGUGUUGCAACCACCUUAGUCUCCUGAAGGAUGGCAUCGACACGGAGACGAGCGAGAACGAGGGCAUCGAGAUGGACGUCGCCGAACACAUGAAGGACCUUCACAUCGACGGCGUCGCCGCACCACCCGACGCUCCUGCAGGUGGCGCCACCGCUAGCAGCAGCCGGGCAGCGCUGUUCCUGCCGCGCUACGUCAGCACCAAGGUGGCUGCCGUGCUCACCCAGCUCGCAGACAUCAAGCAGCAGUCGCCUCCCGGGCAACCCGCGAAGAGCGUGAUUGUGUCACAGUGGACGAGCAUGCUGCGCGUGAUGAAGGAGCAUCUGGAACAGCAUGGCUACCGCACGUGCAGCAUCCAGGGCAACGUGCCGCCGCGAAAACGCGCUGACCUUGUCGAGUCGUUCAACACCGACCCGCGCGGUCCCGAGAUAAUGUUGCUGUCACUGAAGGCAGGUGGCGUUGGUUUGAAUCUGAUUGGUGGAAAUAAUCUAUUUAUGAUGGACAUGCAUUGGAACCCAGCACUAGAGUCACAGGCAUGUGAUAGAGUUUACAGGGUUGGCCAGUUAAAAGACGUCACAAUUCACAAGUUCGUUUGUGCUGGAACCGUAGAGGAGAAAAUACAGAAGCUGCAACAGCGAAAGAUGUCCCUGGCCAAUGAUGUUCUCACAGGUGGCAAAAUUCAAAGUCAGAAGUUGACCUUGACUGACCUGAAGAUGCUAUUUGAUAUCAAAUAGUCACAAGUGUUGGUACCUCACAUCUUGUCCUGUGCCCGGAAGCUACUGAUGUCUUUGUGCUGUUUUACACUAUCGAUCAUGCCUCCUAUGUUUAGAGCUCAUGCGUCACGUACCAAAUAAGGAGCUUGCCACUUGCUACCUAUGCUGCAUAUAACUUAUUUAAUAAGUUUCAAUAUGGUGUAGGUAAAUGUGAGCAUGUGAUUUAGCAAAUAUGUAAUACAGACUGUGAUCACGUAGUCAGAGAGUAACAGUAGAGCAUACAUACCUAAGACCUGAUAUGGAUGUGACGUCGAUUAAAAUUUGAGGGGCAUCUCACCAGUAUGAAAGUGUCCUUUAAUAAUGCAUUUAUAUUGAAAUGUAUUCUACCAUCCAGCUUAUAAAGUAUAUCAACUGUAAAAAUUUCGGCUAAUUGUAACAGGUGAUGGAAUGCAAUCUUGAGGAAAAUUUCUACCUGUUUAUGUAAUUUAUGUAAGCGUUACCAGGGUUUACAUGAUAGACACAUGCCCUAGUAUUAUGCAUUGCUAGUCCCUAGUAUUAUGCAUUGCUAGUAAUGCAUACACAUAUUACUAUACAGAUACUAUCAGGAGUUAAUAAUGACAAAUUUGUCAUUAUUAGCUCCUGAUACUAUAUAUGGCUGCACGUUUAUUACUUCUAUUUAGAGAAAAUAAUUACAGAGGAAAAGUUUCGUAUGUCCCUUUAAUAUAUGACUUGGUGGAUUUUUGUUGCCAAACGACUAUGCACCUGUUAUAUAAAUCGCACCCUCAUCGAGAAACUGGCAAUUACGUUAUUUAAUAUGGUGAUACAACUCGUGAGCACGACACGUUGUUAUUUAACAGUGUUUUUAUUAGUGGCAAAAUAAAUUUGUGAUGCAUUUAAA